ACUGUAGUUGCACAGUCGAUACAACGUCGUGCCGGUUCCUGGAUCUCAGAGUCCGACACAGUCCACGCUGCAGCACGCGUAGUAGGCAGAAUGCCGGAGCUGGGGAAAGUCUCCGUGCGGGACCCCGGCUGCGUGCUGCCCGGCGGUUUCAGCUCCGCGGUGACGGUGUGGCUGGAGAGACCGCAGGUGCUGAACAAGAGGCUGUGCGGGGCCUGCACGGAGAGGAGCUGGGAGCUCGGCAUGUGCUGGGAGGAGGACGAGCUCCUGGGGGCGCUACUGUCCCCCCUUGCCGAACUCAGCUGCUGCCCCGCGGCGGAUGGGGAUGUGCUGGAGAGGAUAAGGGUCUCCGCGGGGGGAGGAGCGAGUGCCGCGGGGGGAGGGACCAGUGUAGGGAGCACCGCCCUACUGCGGAGCCUCAUCCCCAAGUGUAACCCGCACUACCCGUCCACACAGCCCCGGAGGGAGCUCGUCAUCACAGAUGCCUCCGGCAGAGCUGUGACAUUUGUACCGCUGGAAGAACCAAGCCAGGGACGUUUUCAGGUCAAGAAAAGCAACAUUUAUCAAAUCCGUCUUGAACAUGUCGAGGAUGAUGAAUGGUCACUCUCCCUGUUCACUUUAUAUUCAGAAGGCUGGGAUUCAGACUGCGUUAUAUACCCGAAGAUCUCCUGGAUGAAAAAUGAGCUGCUGUCGCGGCUGGCAAAGUGGUCCACAGAGGACAAGAGGAGCGACUUUAAGGGCACCCUGUCUCUCAUACCUGUGGAUAAAUAUAGCAGGCUGUACCAGAGCCUGAAGGAGAAAUACAGGGAGAUGGUGAAGGUCUGGCCUGAAGUCACUGACCCGAAAAAGUUUGUGUAUGAGGAUGUUGCUAUAGCAACCUACUUAUUAGUUCUCUGGGAAGAAGAGAGAGCAAAAAAGCAUCUAACGCAGAAGCAGUCCUUUAUAGACUUAGGGUGUGGAAAUGGGCUGCUGGUCCACAUAUUAAGCAAUGAAGGGCACCGAGGUCGAGGCAUCGAUGUUCGUAGAAGAAAAAUAUGGGCGAUGUAUGGGUCACAAACUGUUUUGGAGGAAUCUUCAAUUACGCCAAGUGAUGAUUAUUUAUUUCCAGACACAGACUGGAUAAUCGGUAACCAUUCUGAUGAACUGACGCCGUGGAUCCCGGUCAUCGCCGCUCGGUCUUCAUACUCCUGCUGCUUCUUCGUGUUACCAUGUUGCUUCUUCAAUUUCUAUGGAAAGUACAACAGAAAAUCCAGCCAGAAGACUCAGUAUAGGGAAUACUUGGACUUUGUUACUGAAAUUGGCGCUCAGUGCGGAUUUAACGUGGAAGAAGACUGUCUUAGAAUCCCGUCGACAAAGCGAGUGUGCCUUAUAGGGGAAACAAGGCGGUAUUCCCCGCUGGAGGAGGCGCAGGUUGAUGAGCGGAGGGCUCAGUAUAUAGCCAGUCAUUCUGCUGACUCUACAAGUGAUAAUACAGACUCCAGGCUUUGUGAUGGUCACACAGACACUACUAAUGGAGAAGAAAGCACCGAUGACCUAAAGGCAGAGCAUUCCAGCUGGAUACCUGGCUUCCGACCGCGGGACAAAGUAGAACAGAUCAGGAACUGUGUCUUACUCCCCAGAGAUUUCAUUGAUCAGGUUGUCCUGCAGGUUGCCCAGUUACUGCUGAGCUCUAACACAGAGGAGGAGAAGGACAUUGUACAUGAUGGGGCAAGCAGCACCUGGAACAGGGGGAGAUGUCUUCCUUUACGGGAAGUAGCGGAAGUCCUGGACAGAGAGACCUUGCAGAGGCUGAAGAAUGAAUGUGGAGGCCUACAGACCCUGCUCAGGAACAAUCAUCAGGUCUUUCAAGUGAUGAAUUCAACGGUCUCGAUACGUGACUGGAGCCAAGAAACACAAACCGCCUCAAGUAAACACAGGACAGAAGCCAAGAAAAGACUCUCGGCAGACGUUUUAAAAACACGGCUUUGCUGGUUUUAUGUCCACCAUCCGGACAGCUGCCCGCGGGCGGCCAGCAAUUGCCCGUAUGCCCACGGAGCUGAAGAGCUGCGACCACACUCUCUUCCCGAGAGGAAAAAAAACAGGCACCCAGAACCACAGUCAAUAAAACGUCGCUAAGCCAUUUUCCUGCA